CUAACUGAUAGAGCAGUCUUUUCUUCCUUUUCACAGCAAGCAGUCUUAUUGCCUUAUCUUGCACUAACCCCCACGUAUUACGCACGCACAGUCAGUACCCACCACAGAGACCAUUCAUUCAUCGGCCAUGGAUAAGGAUGAUUCCUCCUCCUCCUCCUCCUCCUCCUCCUCCAGCAGCAGCAGAAGUUGGAUGAAUAGAGCUUGUUUAAGCUUUGUAAUAAGUUGUACAAUUGCCAUCACUCUUCAAAUCCUCCUCUUCUCCCCAAUAUCUCCAGACUCACUUCAUCUACCCCCGGGUCCAACUUCCUCCUUUCAUGAUCUACUUCCCACAAAUAAGCACUUGCAGAGAGUGAUCAAACUUGGUCAAGGACUUCUGGACAAGCCAGAAGACGUAUGUAUUGAUGAUGAAAAGGGCCUCCUCUAUACGGCUACAAGAGAUGGUUGGAUCAGAAGAUUGCACUACACAAGAAGAAAUGGAUCCACCAUCACCACCAGCAGCAGCUGGGAGGACUGGAAGCUCAUUCACAGCAAUGCUUUGCUUGGAAUAACAACAACAGCAGCAGGCGACCUCAUCGUUUGUGAUGCUCAUCAGGGUUUGCUCAAGGUUGGUGAAGAUGGUGUAACUCUUCUUGCAGCUGAUGUUAAUGGCACCAAGAUCAGUUGUGGUGACAUGGUAUUCAAAAAAAAAAAAAAAAAAAUCAGGUUCGCGGACGACGUGAUUGAAGCAGCAGAUGGUAGCUUGUACUUCAGCGUUGCAAGCACCAAAUUUGGGCUUGAAAACUGGUACCUGGACGUGCUAGAGGCCAAACCUCACGGGCAGCUUCUCAAGUACGAUCCCUCCUUGAACCACACAUCGCUUGUGCUUGACGGGCUUCAUUUUGCAAAUGGCGUCGCGCUCUCUGCAGACCAAACUUAUCUGGUAGUCUGCGAGACUUGGAAAUUCAGGUGCCUCAAGUAUUGGUUGAGCGGGGAAGACCAGGGGAAAACACAGAUAUUCGUGGACAAUCUUCCUGGUGGGCCUGAUAACAUCAAUCUUGCUCCCGAUGGCUCUUUUUGGAUAGCUCUGCUGGAGUUAACCGCAGGGGGGUUUGAGUUUGUUCACACAUCCAAGGCGGUGAAGCAGAUACUGGUAACAACAUUUCCGGGAUUAAUAUUGAAGCGGGUGCAGGGCAUGCACAAGAAAGCAAGUGUAGUAAAAGUGGGAAGCGAUGGCAAGAUAAUCUCCAAAUUGGAUGAUCCCGACGGUCUAGUCAUGUCCUUUGUCACCUCUGCCCUCGAGUUUGAUGACCAUCUCUACCUAGGAAGUCUAAAUCUUGACUUCCUCGGGAAACUGCCGCUUCGCUCGCUCUGAUCUGAUGUGAUGUGCUGUAGCUGUUUCUGUUUUCGUUGGUAGUUUUGGCGUAUAUUACUGUCUGUCUGGUAAAACCAUUGAAAUUUCAAUUAGCUAGCAUAGUUAGUUUCCUGCCAUAUGCGGGAAGAAGCAUAAUAAUGAAAGUUUGUUUCUUGGUUUAUACUUA